UUGAACCUCGCUUUGCACUCUCACCACGAAAUCAUGGAGGCUUUCGACACUUACCUGACGCCGCUUUCCAGCCGCUAUGCAAGCAAGGAGAUGGCCCAUCUCUUCUCCCCGGCGAACCGCUUCUACACAUGGCGGAAGCUUUGGCUCAAUCUCGCCGUCGCGGAAAAGCAGUCCGGCUUACCCAUCUCGGACGAGGCCAUCGAGCAGAUGAGGGCGAACCUGCAUCUGGAUGAGAAGCAAUUUGAGGCUGCCGCAGUGGAGGAGAAGAAGCGGCGCCACGACGUCAUGGCGCAUGUGCAUACUUUUGGCCAGGUCGCGCCUGCCGCUGCAGGCAUCAUCCAUCUUGGUGCAACAUCAUGCUAUGUCACUGACAACGCCGACCUGAUCUUCAUCCGCGAAGCCCUUACACUCAUUAUCAAUAAGCUGGCCGUCGUCAUUGACCGACUAUCCAAGUUUUCCAAGGAAUACCGCGACCUUCCCACCCUUGGCUUUACGCACUUCCAGCCUGCACAGUUGACCACUGUCGGCAAGCGCGCAACUCUGUGGCUCCAGGAGCUGCUCUGGGACCUUCGCAAUCUCAAGCGGGCCCGUGGCGACAUCGGUUUCCGCGGUGUAAAGGGCACGACAGGCACGCAGGCGAGCUUCCUCGCGCUCUUCGACGGCGACCAUGCCAAGGUCGAGGAGCUCGACGCUCGUGUGACGGAGCUAUCCGGAUUCGCGUACGCGUACCCAGUCACGUCGCAGACUUACUCGCGCAAGGUCGACAUCGACGCGCUCGCGCCGCUUGCCAGUUUCGGGGCAACGGCGCACAAGAUCGCGACGGACUUGCGGCUGCUGGCGAACUUGAAAGAGGUCGAGGAACCGUUUGAGAGUACACAAAUUGGAUCGUCAGCGAUGGCGUACAAGCGGAAUCCCAUGCGCUCCGAGCGGGUGUGCUCGCUCGCGCGCCACCUGAUGGUCCUUCACCAGAAUGCACUGAUGACAUCAAGCGUGCAGUGGUUCGAGCGCACUUUGGAUGACAGCGCUAACCGCCGCAUAACGCUCCCCGAGGCCUUCUUGACUGCAGACAUCGUGCUGACGACGCUGCAAAACGUCUCCGAAGGUCUAGUCGUGUAUCCCAAGGUCAUCGCGCGCCGUAUCUCCCAGGAGCUGCCAUUCAUGGCGACCGAAAACAUCAUCAUGGCGAUCGUGAAGAAGGGAGGCGACCGGCAGGUGGCGCACGAGAAGAUCCGCGUGCUCUCGCACGAGGCUGCGCACCAGGUCAAGCAGCUCGGGCUCGACAACGACCUUAUCGAGCGCGUGAAGCGCGACACGUACUUUGACCCAAUCAAGGGCGAGUUGGACAUGCUGCUAGACCCGAGCACGUUCAUCGGCCGAGCGCCGCAGCAGGUUGACAAGUUCCUUGCGGAGUGGAUCGAGCCGGCACUCGCGGACCCGGCGCUGCAAGCUGUCGUUGCCAAAGGCGAAAAGGCGGAGCUCAGCGUUUGAGUGGGCGAAAACUGAAAAUGUACAAAAGUGCGUGGUGUGUGGUGAGUUGUGACCUGAGAGAGGAAAGUCGCCGCGCACGAUGCAUUCGUCUUGUGGAAUAGAGGGAUAAUUUCACGGGCUUCCUAUGAAGAUGAUCGCUGCAUACGAUGUACUGUAUACGUCCCGUUCAAUAAACGGGUAAGUUAAGUGCUUCCCCUUACACACAU